AUCAGACACAUCACAAUGCGUUUCCUAUUCGCUCUUGUCUUCGGCGUGCUAUUGUGCCUCCACCUGGGCCAGGCCUCGAACUCGACUACAACCACCACCGACUCCUCUGCAACCACCACCACUGAUUCGUCUGCCACUACCACCACUACCGCCUCCUCCACAACUACGACAACCUCCUCAUCGUCGUCCUCUUCGUCGGCAGCGGCCAAGAGGCGCAGGAGGGAGCGCCGCCGUCGACUAGCCCGAGAGCGCCGUCGUCGCCAGGAGAGGAAGCAGCGCCAGGAGAAAAGGCAACGCAAGAUGAAGAAGCUCCUGGCGAGGCAGCGCCGCCUAAUUAACCAGCUCCGUGGGUAAAUGGGAACUUUCGAAGUUGUUCUUGACAGUUAGCCGUUUAUUACAAAUAAAACAAGAGGAAACGCUAUAGUCAAGUGCCGCGACUGUAAGAUA